AUGUUCGAGGCCUUCCGCCUCGCUCGUCCCGUGGGCGGGGCAGCAGCCGCGCGCUCUGCGGGCCAGGGGCCGCCCCGGGCCGCAGCAGCAUCGCCAGCAGAGCAGCAGGGGCCGCCCGCCAAGCGGCGCCGAGGGCAGCCGCCCGCCACCAGCGGGUCGGGUGCGGCGGCAGCGGCGGCGGCGCCGCCACAAGCACCUUCACCAGCCGGUGGCCUGGCCCUGGAAAAGAUGGGGGACGCGCCGCUGCGCCUGGUCAUUGUAGGGCACAACCCUAGCGAGCACGCCUGGGCCAGCAGCCACUUCUACUCCAACCCCACCAACUGGUUCUGGCGCAUCCUGCGGGACACGGGCAUCGCCCCGCCCGCCGCCAUCUCCGGCGCAGCUGACGACGGCAAGAUGCCCGCGGUGGCGGGGGUUGGGUUCACAGAUGUGGGCAGCGGCGCCCCAGGCACCGACAGCUCCCAAUUCACAGCCCAGGACUUUGAGGCCUGGCGCCCCGCCUUCUAUCAACGCAUGGCAACGCAGGCACGCCGUGCCAGCGCCGCCAUCGGCUGCACGUGCGGCGCCUGCGGCGCGCCCUGCAUAGUGGCGUUCAGCGGCAAGCGCCAGUUCCAGGAGCUGUUUGCUGGGGCCGCGGGCGGCGGCAGGGGCAGGAGCAAGGGGGCGGCAGUCGCUCAGGCAGCGCCAGCAGCAGCAGGCGCAGCGGGCCCGCCGUUGGGCGAGGGCGCGGUGGCAGCAGCGGCGGCGCCCCAGCAGCAGCAGCAGCAGCGGGCUCCCACGCUGCAGGCGCGGCGGCCCAGACGCGUAGACACCGGCAGGCAGUGGGUGCUUCCCGAGGGCUGGCCGCUGCCGCUGGACACAGAGGUCUGGGUCAUGACUUCUACCAGCGGCGCGGCACCCAUGACGCGGCAGCAGCGCCUGGCACCCUGGCAGGCCCUGGCAGAGCGCCUGCGGCAGGAGCCCUGGCCGCGGCGCUGCGUGGUGCGGUGCCGCGGCGGCGGCAAUGCCGGCGCCUGA